UCGGCAGUUUCUUUGUACUCAACAUCUCAGGCUUCCUCUCUUUCUCUUUGCAUAAAAGUUCUUGAGGUUACAAGAGGCCGGAAUCCUGAAGAUGUCUUGCGGUGGAAACUGCAACUGCGGUUCGAGCUGCGGCUGCGGAAAGAUGUACCCUGACCUGGCUGAGAAGAGCACCGCUACUGCCCCGGUAGCCAUGGUCCUUGGUGUUGCACCUGAGAAGGGGCGCCUCGAGGAGGGGACCGAGAAGGCCGCGGAGUCCGGCGAGGCCGGCCAUGGCUGCAGCUGCGGCUCCGGCUGCAAGUGCAGCCCCUGCAACUGCUGAUGGACAAGGUGAUCUGUGUUCAUACUCUUCAGCCUGUGUGUGUGUGUGACUGUGAGUAAAUACUAAAUAAGGAGCCGUCCGGAGUUCAAGACACCCAGUGCGAUGCAUGUAUCAUGUAUGAACAAGUGAGAAACACCUUUGUGAAUUGUGAUGGUGUGGAAAUGUGGAUUGUGUGUGUUAGUUGGGGAACCAUGUGGCUACCAACUACCAAGCUUCUGUUCAUCCGAUCGGUGUUCGUGUCCCGUGGAAUAUAAGCUCUGGUUUCCUUGUGCAUCUUCACCUUAGGAAAAAAAACUUAAUUUGA